AACGCAACAUUUAUCAUAACGAUUUUAUGCUGGUACCCAGUGCCCCAAGGUGGAAUUAAAUUUUAAAUUUCCCGGAUUAGUAUUGGUGUAGUUAUAAUUAAACCGUUGUCGCCUGUCACUACAGACAACAUUAACCCUACUACUUACUAGUCUACUCGCUGGUCGCUACUAUCUACUCGGUGUCUCAGACGUCUCAGUACUCAGUAGUAAUUAGUCAAUUAUUGUCAUUUGUCCGUUGUCUGUCGUCUGUGGCUAGUCCACCUGUACCGCUCGCGGUAUAAGUUGCGAUCGGUAGUUCAUCUUUUUUCUAUGCCAGUAACCUGUGGCAAUAAACUAGAAGUGUCUGUAAUCUGUUGUUGUUAUAAUUAAGUUCUGUGAAGUAAGUUAUACUUUCUCUGAAGUUCAAUAUGCACGUACCAUAGAAAAUAGGUACUAAUAUGGGUGAUUCAGACAUUUUGACCCCUCUAAUAAACAGUCAGGAUUCUUUGAGCAGUCAGGAUCAAAUAUCUAAGCCGGAGAAUACUAAUGCAUGGGGACGUCUAUAUCCAGAGAACGAGUGUUUAAAAAUUGAAGACCUAGUGAAGGAUAAUUACAACGCAGGUCGCCAAACUAACGAUGUUGACUUUCAAUUUACAAAACAAUGUUUUAGUUUAAAAGUAAUGAAUCAUAUUAGCAAGAUUCAUUUCAUUAUAAAUCGUGAAAAGAUUGGGACAUUAGGUUAUGUAGUAUUUAUUACAGACAGGAGUGCAAAUGGCACAUUUUUAAAUGGUGAAAAAAUUGGAAAAGACAAUCGUUGGAUUUUAUCGAAUAAUGACAAAAUUGCUGUUGUUUCUAAAGCAAAUUAUGUAUAUACAUUUACUGAUAAACGUUCAGAUUAUUUAAAUUGUCCGCAAAAGGUCAGGGAACAAUUUGCUGUUUAUGGUAUAUUGGGUAGAGGAACUUUUGGUGAAGUCCGAUUAGCUUUUGAAAAAAAAACUUCAAAAUGCUUUGCAUUGAAAAAAGUGAAUAGGGAAAGUUGUAUUGUGUUAAGGGAACCAGAUAUUUUAUCAAGCUUAUCUCAUCCGAAUAUUGUUAACAUGGAAAAUUUCAUCGAUACUACUGACGCAAUUUACAUCACUUUGGAAUAUAUGCCUGGAGGAACUCUAAAGCAACUAAUAGAAAAUACAAAACGUUUAAAAGAAUCGGAAUCUAAAAUAAUUUUGUAUCAAGUUGCUCGAGCUGUUCAGUACUUACACAAUAGAUCAAUUGCUCAUAGGGAUCUAAAGCCAGGGAACAUUUUACUUUCCAUCAAGUCUCCUACAAGUGUUGUAAAAUUGGCCGAUUUUGGCCUAUCUAAGAAGAUAACUGAAAACACACAUUUAAAAACAUUUUGUGGUUCAUUAGCAUACCUUGCACCAGAAGUAUUUUUGAAUAGAAAAAAUAUUGCUCAAUCGUGUAUUAAAUAUACUAAUAAAGUAGAUUCAUGGAGUUUUGGUGUUAUUUUAUAUGAAUGUUUAAGUGGUUAUAAACCUUUUGCUGGUGAUCAUAUUGAAGAAAAGAUUUGUAAAGGAGUAUACAAUAUAACUAAACUUAAAUUGUUUAACACUUCAAAUGGUGCACAAGAUAUAAUCAAGCAGUUAUUAACAGUUGAUUAUAAUAUGAGGUUUGAUUUUGAUAAAAUAUUGAAACACAUUUGGUUUGAAAAAGAUAUGUUGAUGAAGGAAAAAGUUGGAAACCUUAUUGCUGAAUUUUCAAAUGGCUUAAAGCCAAGUAACAAAUUUACAGCUAAUAAAGAAAAUGUCACUAAAAAAAUAAAGUUUUGUUCUUGUCUUACACAAGAUACUUGUUCCGAAUCUGAACAUACCUGAAUAGAUUUAAAUAUAUAUUUAUAAGACAUUUUUUUUUCAGAACUAUUUUUUUUUGUUUAUUGUUAUGAAUUAUUACUUAAUUAUGUUAAGUUUAUUUUAAAUUGUAUACAUUAUUUUUCUGUUGUUGGCUGUAUAUAGUUAUUGAAGUCAAGAUUCUGACUAUUUAUUCAAUUAAUAUUGUGUUUAAUAUUAAAAUAAUGACAUAAUUUAUAC